GGGGUAACCUGAAACUUUGUCACGUGAUCGCGUUGCCAUGGCAGCGCCUCAUGUUGCUAUUCCCGCAGAUCUGCGGUUCGCUUCGCGUUCCUAAAACCUGCGGGGUUUAAAUCUGCUGCUGCUGUGGAGCCGAUCGGUGAAAUAAGAUGCCGCCGAAGAACAGAAACAAGAAGUCCGGGAAAGGGAAGCCCUCCGCGGUGGUGGACGCUCUGUCCACGGAGGAGAUGUCCAAGGACCAGCUGGAAGAGCAUGUGGUGCGGCUGCGGGAGGAGCUGGACCGGGAGCGCGAGGAGCGGAGCUACUUCCAGCUGGAGCGCGAUAAGAUCCGCGGCCUGUGGGAAAUCUCCCGGCGGCGGCUGGAGGAGGCGGAGGCGGAGCUGAGGGACGGCGUCCGGCAGAGGGACGAGGCCGCGGAGCGCCACCGUGUGGAGAUAACGGUCUACAAGCAGAAGCUGAAGCACGUCCUGUCUGAGCAGCACAACGCAGUCUGUGAGAUGAAGACGGAUGCCGUCUCCUCUUCCUCGCUGCUCCGGAACCGUAACGGCGGGUCGGAGCUGGAUCUGCAGCGGCAGCUCCGGGAUCUGCAGGCGGCUGGCGAGCAGAAGACGAUCCAAGAGCACGGCGCCGCCAAGGAGCUGCAGCUGAAGCACCAGGCGGAGCUGAUGAGGCUCGGUAACGAGUACGAGCGGCAGAUCCAUGAGCUGGAGAUGAGUUUCCUCCAGAGGGCGCACUCCCUGAUGCAGGCGGAGGACAGGAAGCGCCGCGCAGCUGUCAGCGAGGUGGAGCAGCGGAUGAAGAGCCGCAUGGAGGCGCUGAUGGAGGAACAUCACAGAGUCCUACGCAAAGGAGAGGAAUACUUCUCCCAAAUUCAGAGGAACCAGCAGGAGGAGCUGGACAGGUGGAAGGGCGAGCUGAAGAAGCUGCAGAACCAGAAGCUGCGGUGGGAGAAGAAGAUCUCAGCAGCUCAGCAGGAGAACCAGCGUCUGAAGACGACGCUGCAGGAGGUCCAGCAGAAGCUUCCGGAGCUGCACAGACGGCUACAGGAGCACCAGCACUCCAAGCAGAGGAUGGAGGAGUACCGAGCUCAGCAGAAGCUGGUUGAUCAGGAGCUCAGAGACCUGACGGUGGAACACGAGCUGCUGCUGCAGGCCUUCCAGAAGAUGCAGGAGGAGCGUGACGAGCUGCUGAGGAGGCAGACGCAGAGCAUCCUGGACGUCCAGCAGAGGAGCGGCCUGAAGAAGAUCCUGCUGCAGAGGAAGCUGGAGGCGCUGAGCCAGACUCUGGAGAAGAAGGAGGCGCAGCUGAGCGCCGCGCUGUCCGUCUGCAGCGUGGAGCCCACGGCGCGCAGCAACGCCGCCAACAAGCUGCAGGAGAUCCUGGAGUCCAAACGGACCGCCAUGGAGGCUCUGCAGCUGGACCUGGACCAGGGCGCCCAGCUGCUGCACCCCCUGCAGGAUGACGUGGAGGUCGCCGUUGUGCCACCGCUCCGCUCUCCCACCAGACCAGCCAAGCCGGUUCUAGAGGAACCCGGACUGGACCGCUGGUGACCAGAAUGGAUCCGACUGUUCAUGUUUUUCUGCUGAACUCGGAUCAAUUCGGAACCAGAAACCUGAUGCUGCCACUGCUGCUGACAUCGUCAACAGCUUUCUCACCGCUGCGCCUCGAUCGCCCCAACAAAUCCAACCACUGCUGGUUAGGCCCCGCCCCCUCCCUAGAACUUCCUGUGUUUAAGUCAUCAUGAAAUAAACUGAUCUCACAUCUGAUUGGCCAGCUGUUAGGGCUAGCCCCGCCCCUUACUAAUGGCCGACAAAUCAAAACGCUGCAA